AACAAUAAUUACUUCGGGUUGCUCACUUGUUCUCAUAGCAGACGAGGGCACCAGAACAUUCCCUUUGUUAUCACCCACAAAUUUUUUUUGAAGUGGCUAAUUCCUCAUGUUUGUUGUCUAUCAACUUCAUCAUCCUACGGCAAACCCGUCCCGGCUUCGUCGACCUGCUUCUUUGUCAGUCAUUGUUUUUUUUUUCUGCGCCUUACGUCGUUUGGUAAUAUUACCUUCUUCGUUCUUCUUCUCCCAACUUCAAAAUUGUUACACUUCAUGGCAUAUUUUUAGGAUCGAUGCCAACAAUCUUUUGUUGCCAUUCGUCGGAGCCUGAAAAAUCUUAGAAUUUUGUUUUCUCACCAGCUAUAGAUUGACUUGAUUACGGAGCAUGGUUUCAUGCCUAAACUGAAAGGUCGUUUAGUUGCUCACUGGCAAUUUUUUGUUUGACACGGGAACUGCUUAUACUAUGCCACGUGUGAGGGUAUGAAAGAUGAAGAAAAUGCUUGCAGUUCUGAAUGCUCCCAAAGAUACGUUUUUAGCCGAUUCAGUCGCUAUAUUUCUCUGUCGCAGAAUAUCCACUAUUCCUGUUUUGAGACUUGAUGGUUUACGGCAGCUGCCGCUAUCAGCUCGGAUUUUUGCUCCCUAUUCAGGGCUUAAAGAGCAAAAGAUUUUGGAGACGCAUAUUGUUUCUACUUUGCAUGGAUGCACCACCUUGAACCAACUCAAACAAGUCCAUGCCCAUCUCUACCGCAAAGGCCUUGAUCAAUGUUGCUAUAUUGUCACCAAGCUUAUUCGUAUGCUCAUUAAAAUGAAUGUUCCUGUGCACUCUUACCCCCGCCUUGUUUUCAGACAGGUUAAGGACCCCAACCCAUUUCUUUGGACUGCUCUGAUUCGGGGCUAUGGCGUUCAAGGACCCUUGUCGGAGUCAAUUCGUUUGUAUAGCUGUAUGAGGGAGAAAGGCAUUGGUCCUGUAUCAUUCACGUUCUCAGCUCUCUUUAAGGCUUGCAGUGCUGUUCUUAAUGCGAGUCUGGGGUCACAGGUUCAUGCUCAGACAAUACUGAUAGGUGGUUUUGCGUCUGAUUUGUAUGUUGGCAACACUAUGAUUGAUAUGUAUGUUAAAUGUGGGCUUUUGGAUUGUGGGCAUAAAGUAUUUGAUGAAACGAUUGAAAGGGAUGUGAUUUCUUGGACCGAGUUGAUUGUUGCAUAUGCAAGAAGGGGUGAUAUGAAAUCUGCUGGGGAUUUGUUUGAUGGAUUGCCAACUAAAGACAUGGUAGCCUGGACAGCUAUGGUUAAUGGCUAUUCCCAGAAUGCCAUGCCAAGGAAGGCAUUGGAGGUUUUUGAGCGAAUGCAAGAUGCUGGCAUUGCGAUUGAUGAAGUUACCUUGGUUGGUGUUAUAUCUGCUUGUUCUCAAUUAGGUGCAUCAAAACAUGCUAAUUGGAUCAGGGACAUUGCCGAGAGUUCGAGAUUUAGGCCAGCCGAUAAUGUAGUUGUGGGAUCAGCAUUAAUUGACAUGUACUCAAAGUGUGGUAAUGUGGAGGAGGCAUACAAGCUUUUUUUGGUAAUGAAGGAAAGAAAUGUAUUUUCCUACAGUUCUAUGAUUGUAGGAUUUGCAAUGCAUGGCCUAGCUCAUGCAGCCAUAAAAUUAUUUUUUGACAUGUUAAAGACAGAGAUAAAACCAAACCAUGUCACUUUUCUAGGAGUGCUCUCUGCUUGCAGUCAUGUAGGCAUGGUAGACCAAGGGAGGCAGCUCUUUGAUAUUAUGGAAAAAUGUUAUGGUAUAACUCCAACAGCAGAUCAUUAUGCUUGCAUGGCAGAUCUUCUUGGUCGAGCUGGACACUUAGAAAAAGCACUUAAACUUGUUGAAACAAUGCCUAUGAAGCCCAAUGGUGGAGUGUGGGGAGCACUUCUUGGAGCAUCACACACACACGAGAACCCCGAUGUUGCUGAAAUUGCUGCAAGUCAUUUAUUUGAACUUGAACCUGAUAGCAUAGGAAACUAUAUUCUGCUUUCUAACACAUACGCAUCAGUUGGUAGGUGGGAUGAUGUGUCAAGGGUGAGGAAACUGAUGAGAGGGAAAAAAUUAAAGAAAAACCCUGGAUGCAGCUGGGUUGAAGCGAAGAAGGGCAUAAUUCAAGAAUUCUUUGCAGGUGAUGCAACACAUCCACAAACCAGAGAGAUAAGGAAAGCACUAGAGGAUCUUGUGGAGCGACUGGAGGCUACUGGAUACCAGCCAAAUCUGGGUUCUGUGCCAUAUGAUGUUAGUGAUGAAGAGAAGAAGCGUUUACUAAUGACUCAUAGUGAAAAGCUGGCUCUGGCAUACGGAUUGUUGAAUACAGAUGCUGAUUCCACUAUAAAGAUUAUGAAAAACCUUAGAAUAUGUGAGGAUUGCCAUAUUGUUAUGUGUGGUGCAUCAAAAAUUACAAAAAGAAAGAUUAUUGUCAGAGAUAACAUGAGAUUCCACCACUUCACUGGGGGGACUUGCUCUUGUGGCAAUUUUUGGUGACCGAGGCUUGUUCUAAAGCUUUCCACCAGCAAUAAUUCAAUGCUUACCUUUAGAGAUUAUCUCUGAGAAUCUACAACUGUUGAACUUGGCUUAAAUAUUGUAGCCUUCCAUAUUCCUUUAAGGCCAACCGUGAGAAAUCACCAUUGAACUUUGUGAUACUUCUUUGAUGAUUGGCUGGAGGUGAUUCUUCCCUAGGGAAAUAGUGCAGCGUUCUCUAGGUUAUAUACAUUGAACGUUGAUUUUGAUAUAUCAUAUCAUUAGAAUAUGUAAUUACAUUAGGAAAGUUAUUGCUCUUCAGAAAACACUUUCCCUUUCUUUGCAUUCAUUGCCACCUUCUUGGUUUAUCUCAACAGCAAGCAUGCACUUGUUGAACCUCAGAUAUCACUGCCAGAAAGAUAGUGAGCUGCAGUUGUCCGCACCAAACCUAAGACCUCGGCCACUUAAUCUGAUGCAAAUAUUUUUGAUAAUAACAAGGAAAUGAGAAUUUCUUUGGGUUGUUCUCUUAUUGUCAUACCAAAUGAGGGAACUUGAACUUUCCCCUUGUUGUUACAUAUAAAUUUGUGCCAUGCCUCAUCAUCCUAUGGCAAACCCAUCUCUACUUUGUUGACUUGGUCAUAUAUUGUCAUUACCUUUUUUGCUGCUUUACAUAGUUUUGUGAUCUAACCCUUGCUAUUCUUCUUCUCCUAACUUUUAAGUCGUCGUGGACCUUGUCACUUGUAGGUUUAUGAAAAGCCGUGAAUUUACUCACCUACUAUGGAUUGAUUUGAUUAUGGAUCAUUUCAUGGUUCAAUUAAAAGCUCGUUUAUUUAAGCCGUAAAUGGAUGUGUUGAUAAUGGUUUGAUGGAAUUGAAUAUAACGUAGGAGUUUUUUAGAAAUUUCUUUAGUAGCUUAAAAAUGGUGUUGUAAUGGUUGAUGGUAUCCUCAAAUUUGUUGUUUUUAGAUUGUUUCUUUGCCUUAACUUGUACAGUUACAUCUGAAAUCAGGAAAGCCUGGUUAUUAGCCACAAGGUUGAAAUUAUAAUCAAUUUGUUUUAUUAAGUUUGUUCUUUAUGCACUAUGGCCCCUCUAAUCUAAGGAAACAACUUCAUAGAUAAAAACUUAUCGGUUUAG